UGUCUUGGACCCGGCUGGGAUGUCAAGAGAGUCACACGUGCGCAGCCUGCCGCUCGCAGGCUCCCUCCGCGCUACUCACCAGGCUCGGCUCCGUGUUAACCGAAGAGACGCAGCAUGAGCGUGGUGCGGCGCGGCUCGGCCGGGCUCCUGCUGCUUCGCGUCGGCGUCUGGAGUCGCCGAGUCGUCGCCGCCGCCUCCUCCUCCUCGGCUUCCCCGCGUGGCCCGGCGUGGCUGGCCCCGUCGGCCGUGGCCUGGGGUGGUCGCUGCCUCCCUGCCUCUGCCUUCUCGUCGGGGCCGAGGCCGGCCGACACGUCGCUGUUCGUGCCGCUGGUCGUGCAGCCGGCGGUCGGCGGCAGCGAGGAGAACAUCGGAGCCGAGCUCACGCAGUCACUCGACAAGAAUGAGGUUUUGAAAAUAUUGAACAAAUUCUACAAGCGGAAGGAGAUGCAGAAACUGGGAGUGGACAAUGGCUUAGAUGCACGGCUCUUUCACCAAGCGUUCAUCAGUUUCCGCAAGUGGGUGAUGGAGUCAAAUGCACUUCCCGUCGAGUUCCACAUCGCACUGAGUGACAUCUCCUGUGGGGCAGGACACGUGGACGACAUCUUCCCCUACUUCUUGCAGCACUCCCGGCAGAUCUUCCCCAUGCUGGAGUGCAUGGAGGAGCUGCGCAAGAUCAGUGACCUUCGGUUCCCCAGUAACUGGUACCCAGAGGCACGGACCAUGCAGCGCAAGAUCGUGUUCCACGCGGGCCCCACCAACAGUGGCAAGACUCACCACGCCAUUCAGCGUUUCCUGGCGGCACGCUCGGCCGUCUACUGUGGCCCGUUGAGGCUGCUCGCUCACGAGAUCUACGAGCGCAGCAAAGGAGCGGGCGUACCAUGUGACCUGGUGACGGGUGAGGAGCGGUUAUUCGCCUCUGAGGAGGGUCGGCCGUCCUCCCACGUGGCCUGCACCAUCGAAAUGUGCAGCACCAACAUAAUGUAUGAGGUGGCCGUUGUGGAUGAGAUCCAGAUGAUAAGGGACCCCGGACGAGGAUGGGCGUGGACCAGGGCGUUGCUGGGGCUGUGUGCUGAAGAGGUCCAUGUGUGCGGGGAGCCAGCUGCCAUCGCGCUGGUCAGGGACCUCAUGUUCACCACGGGCGAGGAGGUGGAGGUGCACACGUACGAGCGGCUGACUCCCAUCAGCAUCGAGGACCGUGCGCUGGAGUCGCUGGACAAGCUGCAAUCGGGCGACUGCGUCGUCUGCUUCAACAAGAACGAUAUCUACUCCAUCAGUCGGCAGAUUGAGGCCAGCGGCCAAGAGUGUGCUGUCAUCUACGGCAGCCUGCCCCCAGGCACUAAGCUGGCGCAGGCGAAGAAAUUCAAUGAUCCCAGCGACCCGUGCAAGAUUCUGGUCGCCACCGACGCCAUUGGCAUGGGCCUUAACCUGAGCAUCCGUCGGGUGAUAUUCAACUCGCUGACCAAGCCCACGAUGAACGAGAAGGGGGAGAAGUCGAUGGAGCGCAUCAGCACGUCGCAGGCGCUGCAGAUCGGCGGCCGCGCCGGCCGAUUUGGCUCGGCCUUCAGCCAUGGCCUGGUGACGACCAUGCACCGCGACGACCUACCGGUGCUGAAGGCCAUCAUGGCGCGCCCACUGGAGCCAAUUCAGGAGGCUGGGCUGCAUCCCACAGCGGAGCAAGUGGAGCUGUUUACGUACAAUCUACCUCAAGCCACCCUCUCCAAUAUUAUCGACAUCUUUGUGAGCUUGUCGCAGGUGGACGGCCUCUUCUUUGUCUGCAACGUGGACGACUUCAAAUUCCUGGCUGACAUGAUCCAGCACAUACCACUCAACCUGCGUGUGCGUUACGUCUUCUGCACGGCGCCGAUCAACCGCAAGCAGCCCUUCGUGUGCACGUCCUUCCUCAAGUUUGCGCGGCAGUACAGCCGCAACGAGCCACUGACGGUCGGCUGGCUGUGCCGCCACGUGAGCUGGCCCCUGGCUGAGCCACGCAACAUCCGCGACCUCGUGCACCUGGAAGCCGUCCACGACGUCUUCGACCUCUACCUGUGGCUCAGCUACCGCUUCAUGGACAUGUUUCCGGACGCCGUACUGGUGCGCGACCUCCAGCAACAGUUGGACAGCGCGAUCCAGGAGGGGGUACGCAACAUCACGCGCCUCAUCCGUGCUACGGAGGAGAGCAGGGCCGGCGGCGGCGUGCCGCACAAGCAGGGCAGCGGCGAUGACGACGGCAGUUCCCCCGACAGCCCAAACAGGUCGUCCCAGACCCAGGGGCCCGACCGCGCCGGUAGCACUGGGUACAGGAGGAAGGGCCAAGGGGCCAAGAACCAGGGCCCCGGGGGAGCAGCAGACAUGCGGGUUACGAACACCACUUUGAAGGCGACAAAGGGCAGCUCUCUGUCCGAGCAGCUGCUGCAACAGGGUCUUCUGACACAACAGAUGCUGAACCAGCUGCGGAGAGAGCUGGCGCGCGACAAGAAAUCGCGGAGCAACGCUGAGGGCGACGAUGGCGAUGGUGACAAACCGGGCCACAGGGGAAACUCGCCAGGAGGUGCGAGGGGACCUCAGGGGUAAUACGAAGAGGAGCGAAUGUUUUCGCGUUUGACAUCCUCCUGACUAAAUGGAACAUCGUGCGUUCGCUUUGUAGAUAUUGGUAGGGGCAAGUUGUCGUCAAUUCAAAUAGAUAGAGUAUUAUCUGUGCCGUCGACAGCUUGAUUUUUACCCUAUUGAAAGUGUAAAAGGCGACUGAAGUUGUCACUUUGCCUUCUGAUAACUUUAAUCUGACGAUUGCCUAAUUUCGGCUUUGUUGUUGCAGUGCCCUGACCUAUAUAUCAUGGGAUGCAUCAUAAGUGAUCCACAUGCAUAUUUGUUUUAAUUGCAUUGACUGCAUAAUACAGGAACAUUGACUGUGGACUCAACGGGUCGAAGACAAUAAAUGCCAUCCAAAGGUGAAAUCAAUUUUCACUGGCACGUUAAUUUUUUUAAUAUGUGGUUGGAUGAUCGUGUUUUCUGGAGGAUGUUGAAUGUAAUAUUAAGUAUCAUUUUAAGUAUAACUGAUUAUAAUAACAUUAAAUAAAGCUAAAGUGCGUUAUUA